UGCGCGUGUGUUUUUUAUUGAUGGCCAUAAACUAACGUUAAAGUGAAAAUAAAACUUGAGGAAGAGCACAUUUGGAUUCGGACUGCUUUUGUUCUAUUUUAUUGUUCAUAUUUGACUCUGUUGUGUUGAACUCGUCUAGAUCUCCAAUGAUCUGAACCAGAUUACUGUGAUUCUUUAACGGACGAGUCUGUAUCUCUGGCAUGAUGUGGAUUAUUAUCCCUUUACUGAUGAAUCUCUUCAUAGAAACCUCUGUGUCAUUGACUGUAUUGGUUCCUGGUGAUCCUAUAGUGGCUCCUGUGGGAUCUACAGUGAUUCUUCCCUGCUGGAUCUCUCCUGCUGAGAGCGCUGAAGCUCUGGAGAUCCGCUGGUACCGUCACGAUCAGUUCAACAACACUGUUCUGCUCUAUAAUCAUGGGAAGAUCCAGGACGUCCAAGAGGAAUCAUACAGGAACCGAAGCUCUUUGACUCUGCGGUCAGAUCAGUCUGGUGGACUGAAGGAUGGAGACGUCUCUCUACGGCUGGAGAAACUCACACUUCAGGAUGAAGGUUCAUUUCAUUGUUAUGUGAGUGGAGAAAGUGCAUAUGGCAAAGAAGAGGUGGUUCUCAAAAUCAAAGGUUUAGGAUCCACUCCUGUGCUUAUUCCAAAGCUUCUUGAUGAUGGGCGUGUGAACAUCAGCUGCAGGUCCAGUGGCUGGUAUCCAGAGCCCAACAUCAAAUGGACAUCAGCUGAUGGAAGGGUUCUUCAUCCUGGAGGAUCAUCUCACAGUCUUGGAACAGACAAAAUGUUUUCUGUCCACAGCUGGAUGGCCAUCUCUCACUCAGAUGCUCAUCUGGUCUCAUGUUCAAUGUCCCUUAGAACUGGAGAGUUACAAGAAAGUAGGAUUGAUGUACAAGCCAUCAUAUCUUCAGACUCAUCAGGUCCAUGGAAGGCUCUUUUCCUCACCUUUCUCAUCUGUGCUCUUCUGGGUUUGGUUGGGUUGAUUCUCUACAAAUACAGAGACAAACUAACAGGUACAAUUUGGCAGAAUGAUUUUAUAAUCAAAAUAUCUAAUCUAAUUUAUCCAAAAUCUUGUCAUUUCAUGAUAUUUUGAUCUGUUUUGCAGGGAAGAAUCCAGCAGAUCCAAGUAAGUAAAAUUAACUUUUUUUUUUUCACCCAA